CACCGGUGCGGGCCAUGGCUGCGGGUUCUCUGUGGUGCGUGCUGGCCGCCCGGCUGCUCCGGCCCGCGCAGAGCCGCCACCUCCGCCAUCGCCCCUUCCACCUCGCGGCAGUUCGAAAUGAAGCUGUGGUCAUUUCUGGGAGGAAGCUGGCCCAGCAGAUCAAGCAGGAAGUGCGGCAGGAGGUGGAAGAAUGGGUGGCCUCGGGCAACAAGCGGCCACACCUGAGUGUGGUCCUGGUGGGCGAGAAUCCUGCCAGCCACUCCUACGUCCUCAACAAAACCAGGGCAGCUGCUGACGUGGGAAUCAACAGCGAGACGAUUGUGAAGCCAGCUUCCAUCUCAGAGGAAGAACUGUUGAACUUAAUCAACAAGCUCAAUAACGAUGAUAAUGUAGACGGCCUCCUGGUUCAGCUGCCUCUUCCAGAGCACAUCGACGAGAGGAAGGUCUGUAACGCCGUGUCCCCCGACAAGGACGUGGACGGCUUCCAUGUGAUCAACGUAGGGCGCAUGUGUCUGGACCAGGAUUCCAUGUUACCCGCCACCCCCUGGGGGGUGUGGGAAAUAAUUAAGCGAACGGGCAUCCCUACCCUGGGGAAGAAUGUGGUUGUGGCUGGAAGGUCGAAAAAUGUGGGCAUGCCCAUUGCAAUGCUGCUGCACACGGACGGGGCGCACGAACGGCCCGGCGGCGAUGCCACUGUUACAAUAUCUCACCGGUACACUCCCAAAGAGCAGCUGAAGAAGCACACCAUUCUUGCAGAUAUUGUAGUAGCUGCUGCAGGCAUCCCGAACCUCAUCACCGCAGAUAUGAUUAAGGAGGGAGCAGCAGUGAUUGACGUGGGAAUAAACAGAGUUCAAGACCCCGUAACCGCAAAACCCAAGUUAGUUGGAGAUGUGGAUUUUGAAGGCGUCAAGAAGAAAGCCGGUUACAUCACCCCAGUCCCUGGGGGUGUUGGUCCCAUGACUGUGGCCAUGCUGAUGAAGAACACCAUUAUUGCUGCAAAGAAAGUACUGAGGUCUGCAGAGCAGGAAGUGCUGAAGUCUAAAGAGCGGGGAGUGGCCACCAAUUAACUGUUGAAUCUGCGCGCUGGCGAAGCACUCCAAGCCAACCCAGGGAGCAAGCGGGCCAGCAGAAAAUGCAAUACUUUUAUUUAUUCUCCUGAGAUGGUUUAAAAUGAUGCUGUGUAUUUAUUCAAGGCUCAAGUGGGUGGAUGUUUGCGCAUAUGGCUCUACAAAACCUCACCGGGGAGCGUUCCAGUGUCCCGCUGGGUCGUGUGCUCCAGCCCAGAGAAGCCAGUGACCUCGUGAUUAGCUUGGGAGACCCUGUCACACUGAUAAUGGAUGCCCGACUCUGUCAAGCCACUACAGUUGAAAAUUUGCCUUUUCUUGGAUUGCAUUUCCUAAGUGCUAUUCCAGUAAGAGCUGAUCUCAUUUUAGGUUCCAAACCUUUUGAGUUCAGCUGGUCAAACCAAAGGAAAAGUGCUGCUACGGAGAAUUAGGGCAAAGGCGAAAUUUAGGAAGUCAUGGCAAUUAAGUCUAAAACACCCACAUUUCUGUACACGUUGACUGAUCACUAGAUUUGUGUAAAGAGAACCAAAUUGGAUGGGGAAGAAGACUACACGUUGGUGCUCCUGAGCUGUCUCUGUGGCCUGGUCAGACCCUGGGGAAGCGGGUAGUGUUGCUCUGUUUGCUGUCAGCCCUCCUCCUGCGUAUGUUAUCCUUCUGCGCCCCUCCUCCCCGUUUUUGUUUUCUAGGUUGAAAGGCUUGUUUUAUAAAUUAUUCACGUUUCUUCUCAUAUCUGGAUUGGCUGUGUCCUUUGGUAAUUCUUGAAACUGACUUUUGGAAAACAAAACUUGGGCUUGAUAAUCAUGAGGGCAGCUUGUACAAGUAUGCAACUUCCUUGUCCACCAAAGACACGCCAGCAGCGGCCUGCUUCUUCGCAUGUACCCUGUUGGCUUUCCCAAAAGAUUUUUAAGAGCUCGAGUUAAUACUGAAUUUAAUCAGACUUUCUGAUUAGAGGGUGUUUUUUUGUGUGUUUUCAAUAAAACACAUCUGUGGUGUGGAAUGUUUCUGAAAUCCUGCGUCUUCCUCCU